GAACGUGAUGUACGCGUCAUAUAUGGUUCUUGCUAGAGAAGAGUGCGUGGCGUGGGAGUAUAUGAAAACGAUGCAGCCACGAAAAGAGCCCCAUCAAGGUGUUUAUUUUAUCGCCACCAAGAGCUAUGUUUGCUGACUUGCCAAAGAGCGUCCGGGCGCUCCGAGAGACCUUGACCCGGCCAGAAAUGGCAAGAAAAGGAAAGCUUUCCAUCAAAAAAAGGUCGAAACAAACAACGCCUAAUCGCGAAAAACCUCGGCAACGAGCGCUGCCGAAUGAGAGGUGGCGGGGUGACGCCACCGGCGGCGGCCCGUCGAAACAUCCAGAAAAGUAAGCGCAAGGCCACCGGCGUCGCCCCCGGGCACCGCUGGAGUGAUGACGAGUACCUGACGUCACGCCCACGUGAUUUGUGACGCUACGUCGACGUCGCGGCCCACGUGAGGCAGAGCGCUGAGGUCACGUGGCUCGCGAUGUAGCUGUAUAGUAGUAGAGAGCUUGCCAACGCCGGCCGCCCGCAUCGACGCUAGCAGACGACAGAACGGUAUCGCAUCGCAGGCGACGGCUCUGCUGCGUAGUCGUGUGUAGUAGUACACGCUUCCUGCUGUUUCGGCCUGCCGUGGGCGAAAAUUGAAGCACUCUAGUCUGCUUUUGUUGUUGUUGCUCCACCCCGGGCACUUCUCUCCUUUUGUGGCGUGGUUCUGUGGGUGCCGUGGCGUCUGAAGGGACAAGUUUCCAAUCAACAAGAGCCCCCUCUAGCCGACUUUCGGGGAACCGGCGCUGCGCAGUUUAGGCUGGUUUAGGCUUCUUUAGAGGUGAGCGGGGACCGUCGACAGUUGAUGCCAUCUCUAACGCGACUCGUGCGGCGCGAACGGUAGCGCGCGGUUCCAGCUUCGACCGAAACACAGACACGCACAUUUGUGACGAGCAACGACAGAACUGCUUCCUCGCUUCGUCGCCUCAAGCUACCGCACCGCGCCUUUUGAAUAGUUCGUUUCGGGCUUUUGUCUCAGCCGUGUGUUUGGGCGACUGGCGGCUGCCACUUUUGACGCCUGUGUCAAGAACGUCCAUGUAGUGUCGUCUGCUUCACUCCGAAGGAGUUUGCUUUCGUCUGCUUCUUGGCCUCUCACUUCAAGGUACCAAACAGCCGUUGAAGCAAGCAGCCAUGAAAUGAGUGAGCGUUUUGGCUAAUCGGAGUAGCUCGAAAAGGACACCACCAGAAGAGCUUAGAGCGACGUCGUCUCACAAGAUUGCAGUCUAAAAGGUGCGAAGGAGAGCACACGAACAGCCAUGUCCUCGCUGUUCACGAGCAGCCGCCUGUCGGACGAGUUGGACGACCUUCGUAGUAGGCUCAACGACCAGUACUCGCGGCUGGACCGCGAGUACCGGUGCUACGAGAACCGGUACCACGACAUCCGGCGCAGGCUGUUCGACGGCAGUCCACUAAAGCCUUCUGUCUGGACCUCGCUCUCCAACGACUCCGAACGCUUCUGCCUACGACUGGACGUCGGCCAUUUCGACAGCGACGACCUCGAGGUCAAGACCGUCGACAACCAGGUUGUGAUCCACGGCAAGCACGGCGAGCGCACCGACGAGCUCGGGGUCAUCUCGCGCGAGUUCACGCGCAAGUGCACCCUACCCAAGGACGUGCAGCCCGAGGCAGUCAAGUGCUCCAUCACCUCGGACGGGUUCCUCAUCAUCGAGGCGCCCAAGCGCAGCGACAAGCCACACGGCCAGGAGCGGGUCGUGCCAAUCACAGUGGUCGAGAGCUCGACGAACGCUGCCACCACCAGCACCGGCACCGGCACGAACCAACAGCCCAGCGCUCCUGGUACAUCGGGAAAGAAGACCGUGACGACGGCGACAACGACCAUGAACUCCGGGGGCACGUCAGGAACAGAGAGCCGGACGUCUUCGAGCACGCACAUGGUGACAACCACGUCGUCCAAGUCGUCUUUUCUGAAGAACGGCAUGGGGCCUGGGGCCAGCACUGGAGCCAUCAGCAAGGUCAAGUAGAGAAGCACACGGCAACAUGCACGAGGAUCGUCUCGGGAUAGCACUAUGCUGAGCGAGCCGAAGCCAGGCUGCGAAUUCAACUGUUGGACUUUCUAGGUGUCACGCUACCAUUUCCCUGUGCUAGUGUUCUGGCUUGAGCCUCCUGAAAGGUGCUUGAGGUUGGGUAGGAUGGAAGCUUGGAUUUCGUCGGCUCGACACUACGAAUAUUAAAGGCGCAUGAAAGACAUAAACGAAGGGAAGAACUAAGACGGGUAAUGUGUCUGAGGUCCUCCCUUUGUGUCUGUUACGUUGCUUUACCAUUUUGAAGGUUCAAGUCGUACAUGCUGCCGUUGAGUUUCUAAUGCGUCGUGACACUAUACACCACACUGGGCACUUGAAAAACUGCACUUAUUUGCUCGCUUGAUGUUUUACUCUGGUCUGCCAGACACUAAGCUUCAGUAUAGUUUACCACUUGAGGCAACUAACUGCCUUGCCGCAGCAAACAUUACCUUCUGUCACGAACUAGAAUUGUGACUGUCUGACGUGGUUUGUUAAUCGUGGUGUCACGUAAGCAACCACAGGAGUGCCUCCUCGUACAAUGCUUUACCGAAGAAUAAGUUUAGGAGUUAAGGUAAAACGUAAUAUUUUAAUAUUUAAGUGCGAUCCGAAGCACUUCAUGAUCACGGGGACUUGAACCAAAGUUGGCUGGCCUAAGCUUCCUGUUCGAUUUGGCUCUCUAAGGCAAGGUACUGGUGAAGCAACCUAUAUGGUGAUUAAGUUUGGGACAUAAACGAGAUUCUUUGAUUCGAAAAACGGCAGGAAAUUACCAGAACAGUCACAAUGGUUUACAUUAAAAAGGAAAGAUACACGUGAGCGAGGCCUAGAAAAUCCAAUGAAAAUCAAGCACUGUUGCUGAUAAGAGUAUCCAUGUGACAGGCUUGAAAGACAGUUGAAGACAGACAAUUAUACUUCGUGCAUCUCAAUAAUUUGGUUGUAUGUUUGCUGGACACAUGAAAAAUGGUUACGAGGGGUUCGUUUCGAAUCGAUGUGUACAGUGCGUUGAAGUGGCGCCUGCUUUCUGUUAGAAAGCCAUCAUACAAGACGUUCAUUAUUUUGUGGUUUAGGACAGAACUUGACAAUAGAGCACGGGGUUGAAAAGCGCUGUUAUGCCGAAGUGUCUGACAAGCCAUGUCACAGGAAGCACUUGGCCUAAAUGCCGAAAUAUCACAGCAGUGCUCGGGGUAAUCCUUUCUCACACGUCUUCAUGUGUCAGCUUUGUUGAAGUUACAGAAAUGAAAACUUGGCGAAUAGCACCCAAUAUAUUUAUUGAGGAUUCCUGCAUCAUUAAUGGGCAUUAUAUUUUUGUAGACAUUAAAAAUUAUUUCACCUUGCAGACCUUAUCUCGGUUACUGUUAGAGUAAGCAAAGUUCUCUAAGAACAAUGUGUGCUUUGUUAUCUGAGUCACCAUAUGUGCUGACAUAUAAAAACAAAGAGAAGGAAACUUUGACUGCAACCUAAGUUGGAAUGUUUUCACUCUGUUGUUGUUCUUUGCCUGCUACUGAGCAACUUAGAUUCUCAGUACAACUUAAUAUUUAUGCAUGUUGUUUGUUGUCGAGCAAACGAAGUUGAAAACAUACGCACAUUUUUUACUGUUAUAGCGCGUCCGUCUUAGCACCAUUGUAGCAAAUCACUCCUUGUUUAUUGUGUUCGUUAAACAUGUCUUGUUAUUUAAUUAUACCUUCUUAUCCUGUACAACUUAUCUCAACACGUAUUCAAUAAAGAUGCACUUAUUCAUAGAUAAUCUAGUUUCUACAGCACUAAUUACAUUUUAUCACAAGUGUUUUCGUGCAAUGUGAUGAAUAUUUGAGGUUUCGAAAAGCCUUUGCUUAUCAUUGGAUUGAGUAUAAGAGGCAGUCUUUUCAAGUCUACAUGACAUCACCGUGAUAGAAAUGCCAAAUUGUUCAGAUGGCUGUGCAAGAUCAAUGUAAGUCGUUACUUUUAUGCCGUGACGUACGUAAUAAAGGAAUAAAAUGAGCAACAGGUUAAAGUGGUACAGUUGAUGUCGUAAUCAAACACGUCUAUACAUAGCCUUAAUGGUCGGACAGUUGCUUUAGCAGUGAAAGUUGAUAUAUUCCCUCCCUUUUAGUAAACUCUUUCAAUAGUACUUUAUGGGCAUUAUUGCAUAUAUUACAGGGACUAAUGGUUUAUUACAUAAGGGCUAGUAUAACAAAGACAGACGCGUUGCAUUUAAUUCUUCAAACGAUAAGAGAUCCUCUGCACGCUCUGCCAUAUUUGAUAUGCCUUCGUACAUUUUGGACGUACCGUAUGUUUUUAAUCUUGCAAGACACAAAAUACCGCACGUGUAUAGGUGGGCAAUGUACAAUGACCGCUGUUCAUUUUUUAAUGCACAUGUAGGUGAGUAGUUGGCACUGAACAUGAGGGCAUUAUUUUUAUUUCUUUGUUUUUACAUUGCUAAAUAGUCAUUUUACGCGAAUGAAAAAAAAUUCAGUCAUUAAACGCAUUGAUUUAAUUACUCAUGGAAAACUACAUUCAGCUGCUGUUCACCGUCAAAACUGCGUGGAAAAACUAAAAGGACAGAAAAACAGAAAGGUCGUGGGAAAGCAAAUACUAAUUGUUUCAACUAUAGCAAUUGUUUUGUGAAGGAAGCUCCGAUACGCUCUUUCACUCUAGGACCUACUUCUGUCUACCAAAUACCUGUAACGAUACUGAGACAUUUCAUAACAAAUUCUGCUUCUCAGUUUUAUGCCUGAUGGAUUGCGAACGAGUUUAGUUCGUGCAUUUUGCAUCAUGUGAAGCACGCACUGCUCUUCUUUUCUCGCUCUUCGCUAUCGUUUACGCCAAAAACAGUUCAUACUUAAGAACACCUGGUACCCAGAGUACCUGAAACUCUUAUGUAUUCCUGUGGUAAUUCAUUUUCAAUGAGGAAUAGAGAACCUGCAUGUGUGCAUGUUUUCAGAGAGACAUGCAAAUGACAGAAAAGACGAUCAGACGGCAAGGUUAAUACGCUUAUAUUUCUUUGCAGUUCACCUUUAUGAAUAACAAUGUCUACCAAGUAGGUAAUGAAAGCCACGGGUGAUAUAACGUAAAGCUAUUCCAAACUGCUUUUAUUACUUUUCUACAAUCGGUCCUCCACGAUUCGUAAAACAUUUUUUUCGGGCCACCCAGACUUCACCUGUCUAUCACGCGACGUCACGUAAACCGUGAAAGCUCCCCAUAUAAUAUAUGACGUGCACAUACUGGUUUUGCGUGAUAGACAGAACAAACGAGAAAUAGACAUUUCCGACUCUGCACCUUUCUUUUUUUGCCGCUGGCCCUGCGCUAUUGGUCAAAAAUUUUCGAGCUGCACCCAUUUCGCCUGUCAGGCGACGUCACAAAAUUGCGUAAGUUCACCCCGUCCAUGUGGCGUGUACGCAUUUAAGGUGCAUGAAUAGGCGAAGAAAACCAAACUUUUUUUCACGAUAGCUGGAGACUACCCCAUUCCGAACGGAAUAGAUGUCUGUCUAUCGAUCAUUCGGACACUGGCUAAUCGGAGCUGCCGGGGACCAUCAAUUUAUUUGCGCAUAAUAAACAUUUUCUCACGGCAGUGUAAUGUUCUCAAGCUCUUUCGACGUGUUUAGGAAAUUGCUGGGUCAACUCUUCCUCGCUAAAGAUAUGUUUUGGCGCUAUGCUUUACGCUGCGUUGCACGCCACAAAGAAAUUCUACAAGCCACCGCAAGCUAAGCAAGGGGAAGCGGACCCAUUGCAGACGGCGACAGCGCCCUACUGUUCCGGCUAUCUACUUUCACUGCUCUAGCUCGGCCCUACCGAAUCUCUCGCCACUGCUGCUUCUUCUUCGCCUCUUGUUAGUCAACUAGAUCAGAGAAAUCUGUCAAGAUAGGCUAUGCUAUUUGUAUUUAAAGCAAACAGAUGAUACUUCCUAUAAACAAGGAGAGCGUAUGAUUGCUUGGUUUAAACAAUGCUGUGGGUCACCCCCCGAUGCUUGCAUCAGCGGAUAAGUGAAUUUGACGUCAGGAGCUCUGAAUAAAAUUUAUUGGAAUAAUUAUACGUUAUAGGAUUCCAGGUCUCGUGUAAUAUUUACGCUUUCAGACAAAGAAUGUCAAAACGUUUAUUACUGCACGUGAAAUGCGACCGCCACAUCACAUAGUCUGUAGCUUGUCACUGUCGUGUACAGGCACCAUCAUGCUUAACCAGAUCAUGCCUUAAGCGUUUUUCUGCUUCUCCCGUGGAGCGUUCUGUAUAUUUAUGACUGGCGUGCCUUGAAUGGGCAAGCUUAAUCCGUGUUCCUUUGAAAGCUUUCGGUGUUUUUCCUGACAGACCGUGUUUAAAGUUAGCCGCCAAUGUUCGAGGUAAGUGCAACAGUGCUUUUACAUUACCGGAGACGUUCUGAACAUUGUUGUGCACGCAUUCUUUGCGCGAGAUCUCAAAGUGCGCGAGCUUUCUCUUUGGUAAUGUUUCAUAAACCCUGCUGUGAUGUGCCGCAGUUUCUUGUUGUCGGUUACCACGUUUAAGGGCUGCUUUACAGUGCGAACAGUGUUCUCUGAUACAUUGAGUGUUGUGUUGAUUGAAAACUUGCACCAAUUUGUACUUUUGGAACUGCUUGAUUGUGUAAUAAUUGUACCUCUGAUGUAGCAAACGAAAACCAAAUGCCGAAAAGAUUGAAGAGCGCUUCAUUGAGCAAAAUGCACGACGCUUUCCUUGCUGAGAACGCAGGCAAGCUUAUGUGUACCUCAUGAAAGGACUGUGCUAGAGCUGAUAUUGCUUUAUUAUUGAUAAUUUAGGAAGAGUCGAAUUUCUGUGCGAAAGUGCACAAAAAUUUGUUUUUCUGAGUAGAAGAAAAUUUACAUUGUGACUUUGGUUAAGAGCACCCCAUGUUCCGCAUAAAGGCAGCUGUUGUCGAAACACGUAUUUUGCCUUUAUCGCAGCGAUGUUGAAAAAUAUGUGCAAUCCGAAUGCCAAAUAAACAACGUUUCGACAGCA